GGGGGCGGGGGGGCCAUGGGCGGGGGCCGGGACCUGGUGGGCGCGCUGAGCCUGUGCUUGAGCGUGGGCUCCUUGGCCCUGCUCUCCACGGCCAUCUUCACGGAGCACUGGUACGAGACCGACCCGCGGCGGCACCGGGAGGGUUGCCGGGGCGAGGAGGACGAGAGGCGCCCCGAGGAGAGCGGCCGAGGCGGAGAAGCAGAAGCCCACCGCCCGCCCGCCCCGCCGCCCCGCCGCCGCCUCCUCCCGCUGCCCCACCUGCCCUUAAGGGGAGCGCCCCCUUCCACCUCCUCCUCCUCCUCCUCCUUUUCGGGGAGCCUCCUUCUCUGGGAGAGCCGGGCCUCUUGCUCCCGGCCGCUCUUCGCCACCCACGCCGGGCUCUGGAGGAGGUGCUACGUCCUGGGAGUCGACAGGGACCUCGACAGCUUGGUGGAAAGAGGUAUUGCUCAAAGAUGCACAGCAAUCAAAUACCACUUUUCUCCACCAAUACGCUUACGAAACAUCCCAUUCAAUUUAACCAAGAUUAUCCAGCAAGAUGAAUGGCACCUUCUACAUCUAAGAAGAAUCACAGCAGGCUUCCUGGGCAUGGCAGCAGCUGUUCUUCUCUGCGGGUGCAUCGUAACUGCAGUCAGUUUCUUUUGGGAGGAGAGCCUCACGCAGCAUGUGGCUGGUCUUCUUUUCCUCAUGUCAGGCAUCUUUUGCACUAUUUCUCUCUGCACAUAUGCAGCCAGCGUCUCCUAUGACCUUAACCGCCUACCCAAGUUCAUCUAUGGUCUCCCCGAUGACGUUGAACACGGAUACAGCUGGUCUAUAUUCUGUGCUUGGUGCAGUUUAGGACUCAUCGUGGCAGCAGGGUGCCUUUGCACCACGUAUCCGUUCCUUAGCAGGACAAAGAUUAGCCAUCUCAAAUCGACCAGAGACUCUUCUGUAUGACUGCUGAUUUUGGAGUAAUCUGUUUUCUUGUGAGGCAGCAGGUGAUCUGAAGAGUGGUCUUCAAGGAUUCAUAAGGGACUUAAUUUCAGAAUCCAAGCACAAAAAAAGAAACCUUGAUCCCUUAAAAUGCCAAAUGCUGUGUCUUACUAGCCAGGAAACAUGGAGAAAUUCUCUGGCUACAGAGUGGCAGAGAAACAGAACAUGCAGAUGACCAAAAUCCUUGUGGAACUGACAGCUGCAGUUCAGCACAACGUAUAUGCACACAUCACAGUUAGACAAAAAACACUGUGCUGAUUAUUUAGGGCUGUUUUUAUUUCGCAGAGCUUUGUACAUAAGGUGACAACAAACAACAAAAAACAUAACUGCCAAAACCUCCCAAAGUUGCAAGAAUAGUUCUUAGUUAUCCUCAGUCUUACUUGCAUCUGAAUUUAUGCAUUUUUUUUUUGGUAUGGGAGAGUUCCAGUGUUAUAAGUGGAUGAAAAAUUCCCUUCAGAAACAAUGCAGGAAAAGGACCUGUUGACUUUCAGGAUAUUGCAUUCUACUGGCCAUUCCCUGUAAUGGAGAAAGUUAAACAUGACUGAUCUAGAACAUGGCCAUAUAGCUCGAAAAACCUACAACAACCCAUUACUGAUCUGCCUAUUCAGUAAUGGCAACAUUUCCUGUUAUGUAUCCCCCCUCAAUACCUUUUUGUAUCUCCUAUGGAACUAAAUGCCAUGUAUAAAACCAAGAUUAACUGUAUGAAAUGGAUGAUAGGGCACUAGUUAGUAUCUUGUUGGAAGUAACAUCUGUUGUACAACCUCAACCUCAUUAGAUCUAGAAGAAAAUUAGUUGCAGAUCAUCUCCCUCUCUUGAUAGUGUCUGUAAUAUCGCUGAGCAAAUAAAAGACCUGGGUAUGGUGUCUUCUUCAACGAUGAUGUAAAUUCAAAACAGAAAAUACAACCAUGAAUUCAAAAUG